AAGCCUGACGGCGUAUUCCGGCUAGUUCAACUUCGAUAGUUUGUGUAUGUUGCAGCGAUGUGCUCGUGUUAGUCGUGUUUAAUGCUUGAAACAGUGGCAUGUUGUGUUAAUUGUUUACCAUGAACGAAAAUGUGUUUUCGUAGUAUUAUAUGGUAGUGACAGUGUGAAUGCAAAAUAAUAUGUGUGCGAAGACACUCGCGAAACUGAACGAAAGGCAUCAUUCGAAUUUUGUGUAAAAUGGGAGACGGUCAGAAAAUAGAAUUUGAUUUAUCUGGCGACACUGCUCCCAACAAUGCUUUUAGAAGCUCGUUUGCUAGGUCAUUUGCGACUGAGUACAGACGUCAGAGUAAGUCACUCGACUAUGCGUAUUUUGAAGCGAUACCGGUAACUGAAGAAGAUGAAGACAACUCUCCUUGCAGUGGACCCCGUAGUUUAACAACAGAUUUAAAUACGUCACAAUGUAACUUCAACACAGAACAAAAUAAAAUUGACCUUUCUUUGCCCGUGUUCGGCUUUCAUGACUCUCCAUUUGUUAGGCAAGCAUUCCCAACUAGAAGACAUCAGCAUCGUGAAGUCUUCAAAAUGUGGAAGGAAAAACAGGACGCACUGAAACUGGACAAGACCGAGGCUUCGAAAGAUAACACAACGCAGGCAAUUACGAGAGAAGCUGCGAAUUCUUCCGAACAGGACACACCAAACAAGAUGUCCAACAGGAAGCUACAGUCGCCUAGGGCUGUGGCUGAAGCUGUUGACGUGAACGUGUUGCAGUCGAAGGUCGAGACGCUGUCUUGGCAGCUUCGUCAGGCAGAACAGAGUCGCCAGAUGUACAAGCAAGUUAUGGAUCAGGUGGCAAAAUUCUUAAAACGCGCUCAUAUUAGUCUGGAUGCUAUACAGAAUAAAAUGGAUAGCAACAUGACAUGCAGGGUUCCACGCUCGAGAAGUGUUCACACUGUCAAUGCCUCUCCUGUGAGGCAUAGUCAGAGUUCAGACUUCCCACGCACCAAGAGCAUUGCACAAAUUGAAGGAUCGCAGACUACUAACAGUGCCUUCAAAGAUUUCACUUGGAGGCGGACAAGAAAAGUUAACGACAAUGCUGAUGAGGUCACUCCAGCAAAGUUGGCAGAAGAAGCAUUCAGAUUACUUCGUAUUGUCCAAUCCCUAAUGAAUACAAAUGAACCUGAUCUUGCCCAAUCCCUGAAUGGCUCAUUGCCAGGAAGCCAAAGAAGCAGCCUCACUGCAUCAGAUGAACUUCCGGCUUCUUUUCAUAGGAGGCUUAAUGUAGGUGAAGUUCCUAAGUUCCCUGCACCAAGAAACUGUAGCUCCUUUCUGCACAGUGCGAGUGUAGAUGAUAGAAACUCGCCUGAUGUGUCCUCUAUUCAUUCUAGUUCUUCCAAAAUGACAGAUGGGGCAGAUUUCGAAGGUGGAUGUUUAACUAGUGGACUUGAAGCAGGAUUUGCUGGAAGUAUUGCUAGUACUAAAGACACAACUACAUGCAGCAACAUUAGUAUUUCAAAGAAACAUUGCAAUGGUUGUAGUAAUCAUAUAACAGAGGCAAGCUCAGCUUCAUAUGAAUUAGUCAAUCAAGUGAAACCACAAGCUCAUCAGCUUAGUGAAGAUGAAAGUGGCUUUUCAUCAAUGAAUUCUUUUCAAGAUGUUGGUCUACCAAUGAUGCCUCCAUCAAAAUUGGAGGGAAGUUUUCAAGAAGUUGGACUUCCUGUUGUUGAAGAGACAGAAAUCAUCCAUAAACACAGACGAUGGAGUUCCAGCCCAGUGCAGUCAGCUUACUCAGCUCAAAGUGUGACAUUCCCUUCUGAAACAUUUCAUGUUUUGUGGGUGUGAACUGAUUAUUUCAAGACAAAACAGCAGCAGUGUUCUCACAAUUUCCUCAUCUCAGUAACAAGAAAGGCUAUACUUUCCAGAAGACAGCAGAUGUGGCAAACUGUACUAUUACACACAACAUGUUUCAAAAGUGUAGUAUGAAUUAUGCAGCUACCACCAUUGUUUCUUAAAGAAAUUAUAGUAUUUAUUCUGUCUUUGCUUAGUUUGACAAGGGGUAUUGAACUGUAUGAAGUAAUCUUUCGAAAUCACUGUGCGUCAGUGAUAGUUGUGUUUUUUUUUAUUGUUUUUCUUAUAAAUACUUGAAACUCAGUGUUUGCAGCUUUUAUUAUAU